CACGAUAUUGUUUACGCACUGUCGUUUAUUCAAUCCUUGUGGUUACACGCGCAAUACUUCAGUGGUAUCGAGUGUAUAAACUACAAAAACUUGAAAGAAAAUAGUGGUUUUGUGCAUCAUGUCGGCUUGAACUUGGAAGUGCGCCGAACUUUAAUUAUUUCCCGCUCUUUUCUUUUUUUUGCGAAUGAAAAUGUGCACAGUUGUUUUGUGUUAAAUUCUAAUUGGACUAAACAGUUUUGAUAUUUACACUGAGAUUAUCAGUGUAAUGGUGGUAUAAGAAAAUGAUGGCGACCACCACGAUGGUAGUAUCACCUUUAGCCACGCAGCCAUCACCCAAGAACAAGCGGCGACUAUUCGCAGAGGCUCGCCAGAACAGCCUUCAAAAGUUAAGCAUAAUUUUUGAUCACGGCAACAAAAAUGGCAAUGGUGGGGAGACGACAUGGUGUUUCAGCCAGGUGAAGGGUACCUUGGAAGAUGACGUCACCGAAGCUGAUCUGAUAUCAUGCGUAGAAUUCAACCAUGACGGCGAGCUACUCGCCACUGGCGACAAGGGCGGCAGGGUUGUUAUAUUUCAGAGGGACCCAGCAUCGAAGCAAUGUGUCCCCAAGAAGGGGGAGUACAACGUGUACUCAACAUUCCAGUCACACGAGCCGGAGUUUGAUUAUCUCAAAUCGUUGGAGAUUGAGGAGAAGAUCAACAAGAUCCGAUGGUUGAAAAGGAAGAACCAGGCGCACUUUCUGCUGUCCACCAACGACAAGACCAUCAAACUGUGGAAGGUUAGUCUUGUGUCGGAGCGCGACAAGCGGGUGACGGGCUACAACACGCGCGAGGAGGGAGGCCGGCCGCGCGACCCGGCGCGCAUCACGCAGCUGCGCGUGCCCACCGUGCGCCCCGCCGAGCUCAUGGUUGAAGCCUCGCCUAGGAGGAUAUUCGCGAACGCUCACACAUACCACAUAAACUCAAUAUCCCUGAAUUCGGACCAGGAGACGUAUCUCUCAGCAGAUGACCUGCGCAUCAACCUCUGGCACCUGGAGAUUACCGACCAGAGCUUCAAUAUUGUUGAUAUUAAACCCGCCAAUAUGGAGGAGCUUACAGAGGUCAUAACGGCGGCGGAGUUCCAUCCGACUGAAUGCAAUCUCUUUGUCUAUUCUAGUAGUAAGGGUACAAUAAGGCUAUGCGACAUGCGCGCGGCGGCGCUAUGCGACCGUCACGCGAAACUGUUCGAGGAGCCCGAGGAUCCACACGCGAGGUCAUUUUUCUCUGAGAUCAUCUCCUCCAUCAGUGAUGUGAAGCUUAGUAAUUCGGGCAGAUACAUGAUGUCGCGAGACUACCUAGGUUUAAAAGUUUGGGAUCUACGCAUGGAGACGAAGCCGGUGGAAACGUACCCAGUACACGAGUACCUUCGCUCCAAGCUGUGCUCCCUGUACGAGAACGAUUGUAUCUUCGACAAGUUCGAGUGUUGCUGGAGCGGAGACGACCAGCGGCUCAUGACCGGCUCUUAUAAUGGAUUCUUUAGGAUAUUCGAGCGCGGCGGCUGCGGGUCUGGUUGCGGCGCGCGGCGCGGCGAGCUGACGCUGGAGGCGGCGCGGGACGCGGCCGCGCGGCCCCGACAACCGCUGCGGCCGCGCCGGGUCGCCACCACUGCCAAGAGGAAGAAGGACGAAAUAAGCGUAGACUGCCUGGACUUUAACAAGAAGAUACUCCACACGGCAUGGCAUCCCCACGAGAGUAUAAUCGCGGUGGCGGCCACGAACAACCUCUUCAUCUUCCAGGACAAGUUCUAGCAGCCGCCUGACCCUCGCACCGGGAUCUCGCACGGUACUUAGUAUAACACUCUUCUAGAGGAACGAUUUUUGCUACCGACAGAUGGCGACACCAUCGCUUUUGGUCUUUAGGGUCCUUAAAAUAUAAGUUAAUGUUCAAUUGUUUUGUUUUUGUAUGGAAAAUCAUUGUUUAGGCGGUUAUCAUGUUAAAUUGUAUUCAAGGAUUGUCCAAUUUUGAAUUAAUUUGUAAGAAAUAUGUCUUCAAAUUAAGGAUCUCUAUAGAUCUCGUGUAAAAUGUUGUUGCCAUCUGUGUAAGCUUUGUCUGAGCCUCGUCUACCAAUGUGUUGUAUAUUAUACCUGUUAUAAUGUAAAUGACAAGCUGCACUAUACAGUAAGGGUGCUACUGAAACUGUCCACACAAAAUUAAACGUUAAUUUCUAUCAGCCAUUCAAAAUUGAUAUCUAUUUUCGUAACUAUAAGUUAUAAAGUUGUUCGCACAGUAGCAUCUUUACUUGUCAGCUUUGUUUCUCAAACAAUCUGAGAGUUCAUUUACCCCGGGUAGUAAAGUACGCAACGAUAGCAAUAAAUUGUUUUAAACCUUAUGUGAAAGUAAAUAAGAACUAUAACCGCGUGCACACAAUCUCAGACACUAAUUCCAAACAUGCGGGUAAAAAUAAACUGUAACACAUUCACGUAAGAUUGAAAUUCCAAUACAUAAACUGUGCUCAAUACAACGCUCAUUGAAAUACAUAGGUAUUUCGAGUCCUCGGUGCGUCAGGUGUGAAAUAUUAAAUAACUUGUUGAAUACAAGCGCGGCUUUCUAUACGUGACGUAAUUAUCACAGCAUCACAAUUUUAUUUAGCGUCCUAAUGCUAUAGGAAACAUCCAUUGUUCUACUUUAAAAAGCGAAAAAAAUGCAAAGGUAAGCGUAUACAAGUCCGCAUCGUACGCAUUCCGUAUGACGUCAUCAGUACGCAUUGCUGAUGAUGCGGUCCGUACGAUGCGGAUCAGUGGACGCAGUUGUAUGAGUUUCUAUACAAGACAAACUAAAAUCCGUUGCGUGCGAUGCGUACGAUGCGGGUCUGUGGACGCUUACCUUAAAGGAGCUCCUUUUCCACAAAUAUUUUGAAUCAAGACUGGUUAGUAGUAGGACUGAAGGACCGUUCACAACGUUUUUAAGUAAUAAUAAUAAUAAAUUCUCGGUAUUGCUCUUAAAAUGGCGUUAAAUGAAGAUUUUUGCGUAAAAGUACUUAUACAAUUCAAGAAAUACGAGUUGAACUCUGUUUAUGGAAGUUAAAUGUCGAUUUGUCACCACAUAAGUAAAUAAUUAAUGUUCCUCUACCAUUUUAAAGGUUAAUGUAAAUAAAUCUUGUUCUAUUAAUGAUAACAGAUAACACAUUACCCUUCACACAUUGUAGUCAGGUCAAAAUAACUUAACAUACUAGAAAUUCAUAUUAAAUUGCACCAUUUCUUUCUCAAAUAAUUCCAACAAUAACGUGUUCAAACUAAAUUAUCUUUAACACGUCGUGCGCGCACGCAGAUCCAUGCGAGACACAAUGUGUUUUCUAUUGUGGUCUUAUACGAAAGGCUAAUGAAUAUGAGUCCCUAGCGUAGAUUGAAAUUAGUCGAGGUACCUCGUCUAAAAGUUAGGUAAGCCGAUAGCAAUGUUACUAAGCAAAUUUUUCCAAGUAUUUCUUCAUAAAAAGAGAAAUUGAUCUGCCGUCUCACAAAUAUGAAACCACGUACCGAAUCCGUCUGAAAUGCCUGCUUUAUAAUAAUGAAUAAGUCACUGAAAGCCGCUCUUGUCCAGUUGUGUCGUAUUGUUAGUGGGAAUUGUACCUUAUUCUCGUAGUUUUUAAAGUCCAAUAUCGAAGUACUUACGUUUCUUUGUUUGUUUUUUUUUUUAUAGUUUUGUUACUUACUUUUGUACCUGUUGGUUGAACUUAUGUUAGGUUCUCGAUACAAAAUCAUACUUUAUUUUUUAAGCGUAAAGGUCUCUUUUUACUUACCUACGUUCAUCAGUCGACGUCUUGUGACUGAUAUGAUGGAAUAUCUAUUGUUUUUUAAUUUUAAAUUGGGUUUUUCUCAUUUUGGGAUGCCUACAAUGUUUCUUAAGGGUCGGUAAAGCGCAUGUAAUGCCUUAAGUGUUGCAAGCGUUCAUAGGCCACGGUAACCACUUACCAUCAGGUGGAUAUUAAAAAUCCUCUUGUCUAGUGAUUUGUAUAGUUCCCAUACAAUACGGUACAACGUGUAGGUAGAUAGAUACUAAGUCCGUUAAUUCAAAUUUUCUGAGAAAAAAAAGUAAUUUAUACGCUUUUCUUACUUAAGGUUCUAAGCGAUAAUUAAGUAUUUAUUGUUUAAACAUAAAAACUGUCCCUUUUUUAAGGAAACGACACAACAUUUGUAUGAGAUUAGUUAGGUGUAACGAAUGUUUAGACGCGUCAAGGAAAUGUAUGAGAUCCCCCCCAUAAUCUUUUUUUUUCAAUAUUUUGUAUGAGACGUGUAUGGGAUUUGUUUUUUUUUUAAUUUGUCGCGAUAUAAGUAUCGUUUAGUGAACGUAGGGUUUUUUUUCAUCAUGGAGUAGGCGUAAGUAUUUUUUUUAAAUGAUUAAAAAAAGAUGGCUGGUCGACGGUUUUCGCAAAUGUAUCUGGUAUUUUGAAGUCUUAUUAAAUUGACAAGUUGUUUAUAUUCUUAUAAAUGCAAAAACAUAACUUCAUUGUAUUGGUAUCGUUCGAAAAUAUCUUUUCGUUCAAAAUUCAUCCUUAUUUUUCAAGCAGUAAAGUCGAUUUUAGUUCAAAAGUCAACCGUAGUGGAGCCAGUCUCGAAUACAGCAUGUUUACAAUAUACGUACAUAUCUUCAAGCCUCAAAGAGGGUAGGCAGAAUGAUCUCUUAAACAUUAUGAUUAAGAUCUCAUACAUUUUGUACUGCGCUGAGAAAUGGUAACUCAUGGUUUAUAACCAUAUGGUUUUAUUUGAAGGAAUCCACCGUCAAUAUAAAAAAAAUAUUGUCUGCUUGUACUGUAACUGUGAUUUAUUUGGAAAUUGCACCUUAUUCACUUAGUCUUUAGAUCGCUUUUUGUCUAUCACAGAUGCUGUGAUACAGUAUAAAGUUUAAAUUUAAUUUUGUACUUUAUUUCAGUCCUAUUAAUGUUGAUUUUUAGUCAAGAUUGCAUUUCUUAUUCAUGUAGCAUUUUUCUAAACAAUAGGUUUGCUCAAAAUUCUAUGCAAAUGUGAUAUUAUACGAACUUGCUAUGCAUAUCAUUUCACUGCCAAUUUUUAUAGCCAUAUUUGUUUAUCUUCCAGCCGAGUAGGGCAAACAGAACCUCUCUCUUCUCUAAAGUCGGUUAAAAAAUAAUAAAUGAUACAUAGUGUAAAAGCAAGCAAGACCUUUUCUUCUCUAAAGUCGGUUAAAAAUAAUGAAUGAUACUGAUGUGUGUGUAAUGUUUUCAAUAUAAAACACAGUUACAGUACAUUUCUAGACGGGAAUCAUACGUAAAUUGUAAUUAUAUACUUCAACAGAGUAGCCGUCGAGCGACGCUACAAUACUGUUGAUGAUAUAUACCGUUUAUUUAUUAUAUUAUGUAUAAUAAUUAUGUAUUUUCUAAUUACUUUGUGAGUUUGUUUAUACAUUGGCGAUGUUACAAUUAUGAUUUCAAAGUUUUCUUUUAUAUAGUCUUGAUGAGAAUUUGCUGUUAUUCACGUAUAUUUGAAAUAAUUGAUUUAAAUCUUAUUUACAAGUUGCAUUUGAUUUUUUUGUGUCAAAAUGGUGGAUUUGUCCUAAUUGAUGGUCGCUCAAUUGAUUGAUUGAUUUAAACUUUCUAAUAAUAAUUAUCGAUUUACGUGUAACCAGCAAAGCUCAGCAAGGCUAUGUUAUUUCAUAAAUUCGGCAUAUAUUACUUAUUGGAAAACAUUGUGAUUCGAUGCUUGAGCAGUGUGGUUAUAAUAUAAUGUAAAUAUGUAGUGUUGUUGAACGAUGGUCUGAAGUAGUCUGAACAGAUAGUCUACGUCACAACUUGUACAGUUAGUCUUAUAUGUAUUUUGUGUAAAGCUUGGAAAUUAUGUUCGACUAUGAUUAUAAUAUGAAUUUGUUUCUUUUUUUUUAACUUUUGUGUCUAGUUUCUACGUUAACAGCUAGCGUUUAAUGUAACUACAUUUAUACAUAAUUUUGUAACUGAAAUUGUUUUGAAUAAUUGUAAAUCGAGGCUUUAAACCAACGUUGCAUCGAGCGGAUCUUCCUAGAAUACAUGAUAAUUCUGUGUUAAUAGUUAAUGGUAGUGUUUAUGAAAGUUGAAGCUAGCCACUCGAUAUAAGUCGGAGGCCUGUCGCUCGAUAGAACGUCGCCUGCGUGGUGUCUGUUUCUGCAAAACUUAUAAGUCUGCAUAAAGAUAUCAAUAGGAUUUUUCGAGUUAAACAAACCUUUACAAGGCCUAGUGUAUUACCCACUCAACGUGCGUCGUGUGUAAUUCACCUGUUUGUGAUCGCUAGAAUCCCGAACUUGUCCAUUUUUGUACAUAAGUAACGUUCGAUCGUUCCGAACGUUGUGAUAGUUUUGCAAGGCGGACCCCAAAUAAUUUGGUUCUGUACAUAGACACGUGAAACGGCUAACAUUAUGUUUAAUAUUUCGGCUGUAUUCAGGCCCUCUCCAUAAUCUCCACACCAUUUUUUAUGUUCAUCAAUAUGUAUAGGAACUGCGUUAAGUUUUAGUUAUGUUUCUGUCGUCUGUUUUGUAAGGGGCCCGGUCAAUUCCUUCUAGUUGUUCCGACGAUAGCUGAACACGCUGUUUCGCUAUGUAAUUUAAACAAAUGUGUGAUAUUUAAAAAUAUGCCUAUGCAGCUUGUACUUGGUCUUCUUAUAAACGUUUGUAAAUGAUGCCCGAACAUUGUCUGAGACGGUUGUAAGUAGAAGAGUUAUUUUUAAAGUAUAUAAUUGCUUGAAAAGCAAUAAAUAGUAUAGGAAUUGACUGUCCCCCGUGAGAUCCAAUGUAAAAAUAUGUCGCUCUGUAGUAUAAAUGCAAAGACAUCUUGUAUAGAGUGUGGUUGCGAAGCGAGAAUGCGCGCGAAACAGGUGAUGAGUGAGCUAUAAUUUAAGUACUAGUUUAUAGUUAGGCGAAAACUGUGAAAACACAGAAUUAAAAAAAUCAGUUUUUUUUCCUGUAUCGAGGGAUCAACAGAUAAUGCUUGAUAAAUGUGAUAAUGUCGCAAUAAGCGGUGUGUUGUGGUCUGUGGACGAGAUGGUGAUGUGGAUAGACUUUUUUUUCUUUUUGAGGUACCGUUUUGCGCUGUGAGGAACCUCGGACGGUUUGCUGACAACGAAACCUCGUGCUGUCAGUGUGAGCGCGCGCGUCGGCGCGCAGACGUACGUUUACGAAGUUACUACAGCUGGGCGACUCUUUACAUUCAUUCUUUGUAAUGUACACUUUAACUGGCUUCGUAAAUCUAAAUCUACAGUUUGAAAUUGGGUACCGUUCACUUUGGCGUGGUAAACACGGAAAUGUUGGUGUUGCCAUAAGAAUAAAUAGCGGGAAUUUUAAAAUCAAUGUGCCAUGAUCUUCGCCGGCUCGGUGGCGCGUGCGCUUCACACGGAAAGAGUUGUUGUUAAAUCAAAAUAUUUCCUAUAAAUAAUAAAAUUUUUAUAUCUGAA